AUGCUCUCUGAUUCAGAUGUGAUUGCGGUAGAAUGGACACUACUGUCCUUGGCCUUGGCACUCGUAUGCGCUCGCUUCUAUGUCCGAUUAAGCCUAUUGAAGGACACUCCGCACUGGGCAGACUUUUGGGUCUUGGCUGCGGCUGCUUGUGGUAUAGCACUGACAAUAUCGGAUACGCUGUUGUACAAAGCUGGGACCAUGGCAAACUUUACUGAUCCAGGACAAUAUACCCUGAAGAUUCGGUUUUUACAGAAUUUCUGGUUUGAUGUUGGAAUUUAUUUCCCAAAGUUCAGCAUCCUCUCCUUCUACUAUCAGCUUGUACCGCCAACGAAACCCCGAAUACGAAAGCUUCUCUACCUUUUGAUAGCUUUCACAGUCGCUUGCAGUCUUGUGACGUUCCUCGAUGCGACCUUCUGGUGCAGAGCAGAUAUCGCAUCGAAUUGGUCUGAGGACCCCGACGCCUGUAGCGCGUUCAGUUCUACGAUCAUGAUGCGGAUUCAUUGGUCGAUGAACUUCAGCACAGAAGUUUUCAAUGUCAUUUUCCCAUUCCCCAUCCUUAGAGAUCUUAAUCUCAGAAAGCCCAGAGAGAAGAUUGGCUUGGGCAUCAUCUUUGGACUUGGGAUUCUUACCAUCGCUGUCAGCAUUGGCCGGUUUAUCAACAUGGCUAGUGAGGAGAUCAAUUUGGCUACCUAUUUAUGGAUCUCCUCUGAGCUGUACGUCUCUAUCAUGGUCGUUUCAUCGACUGCCCUGAGACCGCUGUUGAGGAAGAUUGCUCAUAUUGUCCAUCCGAACCAAACCGCCACGGCAGACCGGUCCAUUCCCCAAGCAAAAUCGGGCGGUCUGCGUACGGAGACGGACGAGUCAAGGUCGACUGGCCCACGCCAUUCAGGGCUGGAUUGGAGAGCACGCAGCGGCGAGGCAGACGCUGAAACUGGCAGUCAGGUCGAGUUGGGCGCUGAAAGUGAGAUGAGUUAUGUGAUCGCGACCGAGGAGAUCAGAGCGUCGACGGCUGGAAAUUCUCAAACUCCCACAGCGAAUGAGACAGGGCACUGA